UUCGGUAAUUUAGAAAUUAUUCAUACACCAAUACGCCACGUGCCACCAUGCAGGUUACUUGUCCAUGGCCCACGCCAUCUUCGUAUCUCUCACCCACCCAGACGCUGUAAUCGUAUUUACAUUUUUUUUUUCCCUAAAAUCUCAAUUUACCCAAACCCUAAUCUCUCUCCCCUUUAUCAUCAAAAACAAAUUCUCUCUUUCUCUCAUCCAGCCCUAAUUGAAAUUUCUCUCUCUUCCGGACUAAAUGUCUUGCGAGACAGUAUAAUUGGAGGAGAAGCGAUUCGCGAACGUUAUUGAUAGGCUUUCAUACCCUUAUAAUUUAGGGUCCAGAUACAAAUGAGCUUCAGAGAAGGAAGAGGCAGACCUCGUAGGGGUUACCCUUUAAGAUCAGAAGAGAAAUCCCAACAUGGUCGAGGAAACAUUCCACCAUCGAGGCAUCUUUGGGUUGGAAAUCUCUCUCACAGCUUAACUGAGAAUGCUUUGGCUCAUCACUUCUUACAGUUUGGAGAACUCGAGAAGAUAGCAUUUCAACCGGGUCGGAGCUAUGCUUUCAUUAACUAUAGAAACGAAGAAGAGGCUUUUAUUGCAGUAAGAGAGCUUCAAGGUUUUGUUAUUGAAGGCAAUCCAGUUAGGAUUGAGUUUGCCAAGGCGGAAAAAUCAUCAAAUACACCACGCGACGCGGAAUAUUCCGAAAGGCGUGAAGAUCCAAAUCCCAGAGCAAGAGGUUCUCCGUAUUCCCAGAGGGACUCAAGAGCACGUUAUUCCAGCCCCGAUAUUUCACAUUCGAAUAUUAAUAGUAAUAAAUCUAGAAUGAACGAUAAAGAUUCAGAACCGAGCGAGGUUCUAUGGAUCGGAUUUCCCGCCCAAUUAAAAGUCGACGAGUUCAUUCUGCGUAAGUCAUUUGCACCCUUUGGAGAUAUCGAGAAAAUAACCGCUUUUCCAGGGCGCACUUACGCAUUCGUCCGAUACAGAAACGUGAUUGCAGCCAUUAGGGCUAAAGAAGCUCUCCAUGGGAAACUAUUUGGAAAUCCACGCGUGCACAUUUGCUUCGCCAAAACCGAUUCUUCAAACAGAGAGAGGAAUAAUCCUCUGGACGACGAUCCACCAUCUCCCCACGGUGGACCGUCGUUCGGACGCGCAGGAUCUUUCGAACGCUUCCGAUCCGACAGAUCUCCUCCGUUCAUCCCAAAUCUUGACCGGAAUAUCUACGAUCAUCGUAGAGCUCAUAUUCGUGAAUACUCGCCCGAGAAGUUUCAUAGACAAGGUCAAAUGUACGAUGAUGACUUGUGGGAUUUGCCUGAAGACGUUUCGUUUCUACACGGAGCGAAGAAAUUGAAAACCGAAACGUACCCUCUUCCUGAAAACGAGUUGCCGGAGUAUCCGUUUUCGGAUUUGGAGAAAUCGAAACGUGUGAUUCCCCAAUCUGUGGUUCUUGAUAAGAAUUACGAUCCGAGAUAUUCGGGGUAUAAUAGUAGGCCGAUUUCCGAGCGUUUGGUGAAUGUACCGACAAACCAACAAUUUGGGGAAAGGGGUGAUUAUUGGAAUAAUGCACCACAGGAUGAUUACAAGGGAGGUUCCGGUUCGAUGAUGAUGCCUUUGUUGCGUACGAAUGAACGGAGGGGAUCGUCUUCGAAAGAAGUGUGGAAAUGGGAGGGAAUGAUUGCAAAGGGAGGUACUACUAUUUGUCGUACUCGUUGUUUUCCUGUUGGAAAACCACCUGAUAUAGCACUACCCGAAUAUCUGGACUGCACAGCAAGGACUAGUUUAGACAUGCUGGCAAAACAUUAUUACCAAGCUGCCACCGCAUGGGUCGUCUUUUUCGUACCAGCAAACGACCACGACAUAUCAUAUUACAACGAAUUCAUGAACUACCUCGGCGAAGAACAGCGCGCAGCCGUAGUAAAAGUCGACGAGAGAACAACCUUAUUUCUCGUACCGCCUUCAGAAUUCUCCGAGAAGGUUCUCAAAGUCCCCGGCCAGCUCAGCAUCUCCGGUGUUCUCCUAAGGCUAGAACCUUCUGGAAAUAUCUACGCGGGCCCCACCUCUCAGAACGAAUCAGCUUCUUCAUUCGCGCCUAAUUACUUGCCGCCACCUCCUCCACCACCACCUUUGACUACUAGUAGUAAUAAUUACGGAAAACCCGCGAACGAUUAUAUUCGGAAUAUUCCGUCGCAAGCAUCUAAUAGUGGUGCUUACUCUGCAAUGCCGCCUAGUAGACCGAUCCAAGAAGCAACCCACAUCAGCAAUUAUACUCCGGAUUUCACGAGAGGGAAUAGCGGAAUGUUUAAUGUUCCGGAAAGUUCUAAUAUCCCGUCCGAACAGCUGGCGCAGCUGGCGUCAUCUCUUCUUGGACAGCAACAAGGGCAGGGGCAAUUUGGGGAAUAUAGACCGCAGGGGAAUAUAAACCAUCAAUCUGGAUAUCCCGUUAGGGUGCCUCCGCCGCAGAAUUAUGGAUUGCCGAACGAACAGGUGUCGUCUGAUUUGUCACAGGCGCAGCAGAUUGGUCAACUGCAGCAGUUGCAGCAGCAGUCGUUGGAUUUAGCAGCUGCUUCGUCUCAGGCGAACCAGAACGAUGAUUCGGAGUCCGAUCCGCAGAAACGUUUGCAGGCGACUUUGCAGCUUGCAGCGGCUCUUCUUCAGCAAAUUCAGCAUGGCAAAGGGAACUGAAAAUCGAGAUGCGUGAAGAAGGUGAAUUGUGAAUGUAGGGUUUUUAUGAGUUGCUGUUGAAUUUUCGAUAUUAUGGUUUCCGUUUUAUUUUCUCUUGCCUUUUGUUGUUAUGGAACCGAAUUAUUUUGUAGUAUGGAUGGUGUAAAAAUGUGGAUGAAGGAAGCUGCGUUUUACUUGCACACAACGAACUUAUGUUCGGUUUAUUCGAUUGAUUGUCUUUUUA